UAAAGCAAGAAUCCGCCGCGGGUUUCUUUUCGCUCAGGCAGUGAUUCGAGUUGCCAGGGACGCGGGGUCCUGCGGAUCACGCAGUGCUGUAGUCAUUAGACAGACGCGAGACAUCAAAUAUCACGCUCUUUCAACAUUCACAGCAGUAACAGUCUUCCAGAUAAUCGAAGAUGGCAUCUAUGUUGUUGACGUCACUGAGGAGCAGCCCAUUGACAUCUGUGCAGGCUGCUCAGUUUGCUGCUCGUUCUCUCAGCACAUCUGUUCAUCUGCAAGCUCAAGCAAAGAGCAAGAAGACUCUGGCCAAACCAGGAGUGAAGAACAUCGUUCUGGUUGAUGGCGUCCGAACUCCUUUCCUCCAGUCUGGCACAACAUAUGCUGACCUGAUGCCCCACGAUCUGGCCAGAGCUGCGUUACAAGGUCUGCUGAACAGAACCGGUCUCCCUAAAGAUGCUGUUGAUUAUAUUGUGUAUGGAACUGUUAUUCAGGAAGUGAAGACCAGUAAUGUGGCCAGAGAGGCAGCACUUGGUGCUGGAUUCUCAGAUAAGACUCCUGCUCACACUGUGACUAUGGCGUGUAUUUCCUCCAAUCAAGCAAUGACCACAGCUGCUGGUUUGAUCGCUGCUGGUCAGUGUGAUGCUGUCGUCGCCGGUGGGGUUGAGUUUAUGUCUGACGUUCCCAUUCGUCACAGCCGCAAGAUGAGGAAGACGAUGCUGUCACUCAACAAGGCAAAGACCCUCGGGGCUCGGCUCUCUCUGCUGGGCUCCAUUCGCCUCGCUCACCUUUCACCUGAGGUACUACAUUACCCAUAAUACACCUCACUUAUUGCCCCCAGCACACCUCAGUUUGACUAUUUCUCCACAGCCGAGACAAUGGGACACUCCGCGGACCGUCUGGCGGCUGCAUUCGGUGUGUCGCGUUUAGAGCAGGAUGAAUUUGCUCUGCGAUCUCACACGCUCGCAAAGAAAGCUCAAGACAGCGGGCUGCUCAGUGAUGUCAUCAGCUUUAAAGUGCCAGGGAGGGAUAUUGUGUCUAAAGAUAACGGUAUCCGUCCUGCCACCAUGGAACAGCUGGCCAAACUGAAACCCGCCUUCAUCAAGCCUCACGGCACGGUGACGGCCGCAAACUCCUCCUUCCUGACUGACGGAGCGUCUGCGGUUUUGAUCAUGUCAGAGGAGAAAGCUCUUGCUAUGGGUUACAAGCCUAAAGCGUAUCUCAGAGAUUUUGUGUACGUGUCUCAAGACCCAAAAGACCAGCUCCUUCUCGGGCCGACCUACGCCACUCCAAAGGUCCUGGAGAAGAGCGGUCUGACCUUGAAUGACAUUGAUGUGUUUGAGUUCCAUGAAGCUUUUGCUGGUCAGAUCAUGGCAAACCUGAAGGCGAUGGAAUCUGACUGGUUCGCCCAAACAUAUAUGGGCAGAAAAACGAAGGUUGGUGCCCCUCCGAUGGAGAAGUUUAACACCUGGGGAGGUUCUCUGUCUCUUGGACAUCCGUUUGCGGCCACCGGCUGUAGACUGGUGACCACCGUGGCCCACAGACUGCAGAAAGAGGGUGGUCAGUACGGCCUGGUGGCAGCGUGUGCCGCUGGAGGACAGGGUCAUGCCAUGGUGAUCGAAGCUUAUCCUCAGUAACCUUCACACUUCCACAGACUGUAACACAUUGCACUCGCACACAAAUAGAUUCUGUAAAUACUGACGUGCCGUGAUGCCUUGAAAUGUUCAUAAUCUAUUCAUUAUCUGGAGGUUCUUGCUUUGAAAUGAUGCUUUACUCGAGAAAGUGUUAAGGAAAAGAUCAGAAGAAGCUCUACAAGUUAAAAAAUAUGUUAUUUUUCCAUGCUAAAUAUAGCACUUAAAACAGGCCGGUUAGAUUCUGAUUUCAAAGAAGGUUAAAAUUCACAUUUGAUUUUGAAAUCUAUAAUUGUAGAUUUGUUUUUGUCCUAAUUCUAAGCAUUCUAAUCUCCAGAUAAUGCUUUAUUUUAUCUAUGAAGUUAAGCGACUGGGAUGUCUUCUCGCUGGUAUUGUUUCAUAUGGCAACAUUAGCUGAUCCAUUGACAGCUUACGCUGGUAGCUCUUAAGGAUUGUAUUGUAAGAAGGACUGAUUCUGUAUUAACCAUAAAGACAAAGGUUACGCACUUAAACACGUGUGCCUCAGAUUCAGUCAGGUGAACCUCUGGAGAACUCUGUGAUCGCUUUCUCAGUUUUCUAGCAGUUUGUACAAAUAAAUAUUAUUUGAAAUCGUCA